UCCGCCCCGCGGUCCGCGGGCGCGGGGCACGUCAGCGCUGCCAGCGUGGAAAUCGCGGCGGGGCGCGGGAGGCGGAAGUAGCGCCCGGGGCCGCCGGACCUCCGUCGGGCUCCGCCGGCCGCCUCAGCCAUGGACGCGUCCCUGGAGAAGAUAGCAGACCCUACGUUAGCUGAAAUGGGAAAGAACUUGAAGGAGGCCAUGAAGAUGCUAGAGGACAGUCAGAGAAGAACAGAGGAGGAAAAUGGAAAGAAGCUCAUCUCAGGGGAUAUUCCAGGGCCACUCCAAGGCAGUGGGCAAGAUAUGGUGAGCAUCCUCCAGUUAGUUCAGAAUCUGAUGCAUGGUGAUGAAGAUGAGGAGCCCCAGAGUGCCCGAAUUGCUACAGCUGAAUUGAUGGGUGGCAGGCCACGUUGUCUAAUCCAGAAUAUUGGAGAACAAGGUCAUAUAGCUUUGUUGGGGCAUAGUCUGGGAGCUUAUAUUUCAACUCUGGACAAAGAGAGGCUGAGAAAACUUACAACUCGGAUACUUUCAGACACUACCUUAUGGCUAUGCAGAAUUUUCAGGUAUGAAAAUGGCUGUGCUUAUUUCCACGAAGAAGAAAGAGAAGGACUUGCAAAGAUCUGUAGGCUUGCCAUUCAUUCUCGCUAUGAAGACUUCGUAGUGGAUGGGUUCAAUGUGUUAUAUAACAAGAAACCUGUUAUAUAUCUUAGUGCUGCUGCUAUGCCUGGCCUGGGCCAGUACCUUUGUAAUCAGCUCGGCUUGCCCUUCCCCUGCUUGUGUCGUGUGCCCUGUAACACUAUGUUUGGAUCCCAGCAUCAGAUGGAUGUUGCCUUCCUGGAGAAACUGAUUAAAGAAGAUAUAGAACAAGGAAAACUGCCCCUUUUGCUUGUUGCAAAUGCUGGAACUGCAGCAGUGGGGCACACGGAUAAGAUUGGGCGUUUGAAGGAGCUCUGUGAGCAGUAUGAGAUAUGGCUUCACGUGGAGGGUGUGAAUCUGGCAACAUUGGCUCUAGGUUAUGUCUCCUCAUCAGUGCUGGCUGCGACCAAAUGUGAUAGCAUGACGUUGACUCCGGGCCCGUGGCUGGGUCUGCCGGCUGUUCCUGCAGUGACGCUUUAUAAACACGACGAUCCCGCCUUGACUUUAGUUGCCGGACUUACAUCAAAUAAGCCAGCAGACAAACUCCGUGCCCUGCCACUGUGGUUGUCUUUACAAUACUUGGGACUCGACGGGAUUGUGGAGAGGAUUAAGCAUGCCUGUCAACUGAGUCAGCGGUUGCAAGAAAGUUUGAAGAAAGUGAACCACAUCAAAAUCUUGGUGGAAGAUGAGCUCAGUUCUCCAGUAGUGGUGUUCAGAUUCUUCCAGGAAUUACCAGGCUCAGAUCCAGUGCUUAAUGCUGUCCCAGUGCCCAACAUGGCACCUUCAGCAGUCGGCCGGGAGAGACACUCCUGCGAUGCACUGAAUCGCUGGCUGGGAGAACAGCUGAAAGAGCUGGUGCCCACGAGUGGCCUCACCGUCAUGGAUCUGGAGGUGGAGGGCACGUGUGUGAGGUUCAGCCCUUUGAUGACAGCAGCAGUUUUAGGCACUCGGGGAGAGGAUGUGGAUCAGCUCGUAGCCUGCAUACAGAACAAGCUGCCGGUCCUGACCUGCACACUGCAGCUGCGGGAGGAGUUCAAGCAGGAAGUGACAGGAACCACAGGUCUCCUAUACGUGGAUGACCCUAACUGGCCUGGAAUAGGGGUUGUCAGGUAUGAACAUGCAAAUGAUGAUAAGAGCAGUUUGAAAUUAGAUCCAGAAGGGGAAAAAAUCCAUGCUGGACUCCUGAAAAAGUUAAAUGAACUGGAAUCUGACCUUACAUUUAAAAUGGGCCCUGAGUAUAAAAGUAUGAAGAGCUGUAUUUAUGUCGGCAUGGCGAGUGACGACAUAGAUGUUUCUGAACUAGUAGAGACCAUUGCAGUCACAGCCCGAGAAAUUGAGGAAAACUCAAGGCUUCUGGAAAACAUGACAGAAGUGGUUCGGAAAGGAAUUCAGGAAGCUCAGGUUCAACUGCAGAAGGCAAAUGAGGAGCGACUUCUGGAAGAGGGGGUGUUACGGCAGAUCCCUGUAGUAGGAUCCGUGCUGAAUUGGUUUUCUCCAGUCCAAGCUUCACAAAAGGGAAGAAGUUUUAACUUAACAGCAGGCUCUCUGGAAUCCACAGAACACACAUAUGUCUACAAAGUACAAGGCACAGGAGUAACACCACCUCAGACCCCCUCAGGCACUCGCACUAAACAGAGACUUCCAGGACAGAAGCCUUUUAAAAGGUCCCUAAGAGGUUCAGAUGCCCAGAGUGAGACAAGCUCAGUCAGUCACAUUGAAGACUUAGAAAAGAUGGAGCACCUGUCUGGUGGGCCGGAGCAAGAUGCCCUGGAGGCUAACAGUCCUGAGCAACACCCAGGGACUCCCACCCCUCAGGAAGGCGAGCAGACUGGGGCCCUCCAGAACAGGGCCCAGCGCCCAGAAGAUGACCACCCACAGGUAGAAGAACCGGAGAGCUUAAGAUAAAAUUCAGUGUUUGCUUUGAGACUGUUCUGAAUAGUUUCAGGGAAGAUGAAAUUAUACUGAAAAUGUGAACUGUGCCAUAUGCUAAUACAAGAGAAAUUACCAUUAUUUGUGCUUUACUGGGAUUUCUGCACAAAUAUGUGCCUGAAAGCCAGGCUUUCUAGAAAGGCAAUUGACUUGUCUAAUUUUAUGGGUAUGUAGAACAACCAACAACUAUUGUUUCUGUCUACCCAAACAUUUUUCCCCGAGUUACCAUAAACACUUUUUAUUCACAAAGAACACUUAGAAUUUCAAGUGCCUGCCACUUGAAACACUUGCUCUUAUCUUUCGAAACAUAAGCGUAAGAAGUUACUAGGUUGCACACAGAACUUUUUGGUCGGAAGCUUUCUUCAGAACUCUCUGGGUUCUCUGCUGCACUCUGCAGAGGGCAGACAGAUAGCAUUCUUGGCCAUCUGUUUUAGUUGGUGUUUUAGUAGUUUGAUCAGGUUGCAGUAUACAACUGGAUUGUGUUUGGCUUGAAGGAGAAUGGGUUUCAAUGGGAUUGUAAAUAUGAGUGUCAGAAGCCCUCUCCAGCCAUCCCCAACUGCUGCUUUCCCUGGACACGAAAGUAAGGACUGUGUCCAUUCAAGCUGUGGCAGGGUCAUCAAGCAAAUUAGAGCGGGCAGUGCUUCUGUCUGUGACUUUCCUCUGCCACAAAUCCAUUUCUCCCUUUAUAUACUAUUUGUAAACAAAUUAAAGACUCAUCUAUAAAGAGUUAACUGUAAAGACUCUGCUUGACCAUAUAUAUAUGUAUAUUUUUAAAUACUGGUAAAGCUUUUAAAUUGGCACACAGCUACAGACUGUACUCAUUUCUAUGUUUAAUAUCUGAAAACCCGAUAGAUGCUACUCUUAAGAGCCUAAUAUUAAAUAUGGUGUGGAGCACCUAGUGAAGUUUCAAUUCUAAAAUAAGUAUACUUUUGACCAGUUUCACAUGGGAGCUUCUGUAGCUUCUGUUCUACUAGCAGCUCACCCCUUUGGGUCCAACUCAGAAACAAGAACCAGAAAAGUGAUCUUUCUCAGGCUGAUCAAGCCAGACUACUGCUGAAAAAACUGGAAGUAAGCCCUUACUUACUGCCUGUCUCUGCUUUCCCAAAAGCACGGCAGCACUUCAUUUAUCACAGGUGUGGCCCCUGUGCCUUUUAGUCCAGCCAAGUCAAGCUAUUGAGACUCAAAGAUGGUGGGAAGUCACAUAGGGUAUGUGGACUGUAGUAUUGGAAGCCUUAGUUUAUACCACAUUAAGCCUAUAAUUACACUCUGAUUUGAUGUGAUUUCUGACAUUUGGCACUGGUCAAAAUGCAAUUUUCCUUUUUCUUUUUUUUUUGGGGGGGGGUACAGAUGAUUAAACAAAGUCUUCCCUGUUUAUUUGGUGCAAUGAAGUAUAACAGAUAAAAUGGGGGAAGGGGAAAUUAUCACCUUUAACAAAAUUAAUUUUUAAAUGUUUUUAUAUAUAUAUGGAAUUGUUAAUUGGUUUUGCUGAACCAGAAUUUCACCCUUGAGGUACUAUUUGAAUGUUGGUUUCAAUAAACGUUCUUGAAAUUGUU